UACACCAACUCUAGCUAUAAAUAUGAGAGAUCCCAUGUACACAGUUACUACAUACGUAAAAUCUUGAUAAUCAUUAUCAAUUUAUAUAUUUCUGUAGUUUUGUAUUUUCAAACAUUCCAAGUAUUCGAAAUCGAAAUGGGGCGUUGGAUGAAACCAGAUGUUUACCCGCUUGUGGCUGCCAUGAGCUUUGUGACGGGGAUGUGCCUGUUUCAGCUCACUCGCAAUGCCCUCCUCAAUCCUGAUGUCAGAAUCAACAAAGCUCAUCGGAGAAGAGCAGUUCUUGAAAAUCAAGAGGAAGGAGAAAAGUAUGCAGAGCACAGCCUACGCAAGUUCCUCCGCACACGCCCACCGGAAGUCAUGCCUUCCCUCAACCGCUUCUUCUCCGACCACAAGUGAUGUCCGCACCAUGUAUUUUUACGUACCGUCUGCCGCCGCCAACCUCAAGUUGAUGAAGCUGUGUGUGAAUCCUUUUUGAACUUGAAGUUAUAUAUAUGUUAAUUUUAUUAUUUCUUUGUUGAUUGUAAUCGAAAUCUCCGUGUUAAUUAAAUAAAUUAAUUGUCCUCUCCAUUU